AUGCUGUCCUUCCGCUCCGUCCUCGGUGCCUCGACCGGUACCCUCCGCCAAUUUCUCCCUUCGUUAUCACGACAGUCAUUUGCCCGGUCAUUCUCGCAAUUGAGCAGAUUAUCGCUCACAAACGGUCUUCGGAGUCUGCGUUCCCGGAAUGACUCGACGGAUAAUGCUCGGAUUGCAAGUGUUGGGUCGGCUGUCAGACAGCUCGAGCAGGUUCGGGGAAUGAAGACACGGUCGUCUGUGAAGAGAUUGUGCGAUGGCUGCAAGCCCGUUCGAAGAAAGAACCGGGUCUAUAUUAUCUGCUCGAAGAACCCGAAACACAAGCAACGACAAGGCAAAUAG